GGGUAUCCAGGUAUGAUGGGGGACAAUACAAGACGACAUUCAAAGGACGUGGACGGGAGUUUCUCCAUGUCUGAUGGGGAACAGGCGUACUAUUUGACCUCCUACGAGGUCGAGGUCGAGGAUGAGGAUUUCCAGCCAAGAUUUCUUGAAUUGAAACCACCAACUCCUGGAGGAAGGAGAGGUUCCUUUAAUCCUGGUCAGGAGAAAGGAGAAGCAGAAUGGGACUGGGAUAAAGCCUCAACUCCUCUGAAAACUAGUGGAAAAGAACCCAAGUUUGUAAAACCUCCAGACAAGUUCUCCGCUACUGAGGGAGAUCAUGCUUUCGUUAUCCUUGAUAUUCAGGGGGAUCCUGUUCCCAAGAUUGAAUGGUUCAAGGCAACUAAAGAUCUGGUUACAGAACCUAGAUGUAAAUACUGGACAGAUGGAUCCAGGAUCAUUAUGGGGAUUCAGAAAGCCAAACAGGAGGACGAGGGGACUUAUAGGUCUGUGAUCACGAACGAGCAUGGAAGUGUCGAACAUGAGUUCAAUGUUUACAUCACAGUUGCCGGUGGUAUGGAUUUCAGAGCUAUGCUUAUGAGGAAGAAGAAACCAGCAAAGAAAGUCGUGGUGGAGAAGGUUGAAUGGUUGGAAGAACCCGUGGAUAGAAAUGUUAAACAAGGAACAGCUGAUGAAGUUCAUUUUACAGCAAAGCUGUCGGUCAAGGGGAAGAAGGCUAAGUGGUAUAUCAGAAACCAGGAUACGCAAAAGUCCAAGGUUGCGUAUGAACACGGAUUGGAGUGCUACAAGGGUCCCAAGUUCUCCUUCGUCAACGACGAUGACACCUUCACCUUGAUCAUCAAGAACCCCGAAGUCGGGGAUACUGGUCGGUAUACCUGUGUAGUCAGGGAGUGCAACGAUCUGACCUGUAAGGGAUACCUUGAAGUGGAACCUGCUGAUCCUUCCUUUGGAUUUUGUGGUAAGCUGAAGGAUAAGAAGGGUAAGACGAAGAGGAAGGUUCAGCUCAAGUGCAAGGUUGAUGAUCCUAACGCCAAAGUUAAAUGGUUCAAGGACGGAAAGGAGAUUAAACAAUCUGACCCAAGGUUCUUGAUCAAGAGCGAGGAUGGAGUUUGUACGCUUGAUAUCCGUUCUGCAGAGAUCUCCGACUCUGGAGAAUACAAGUGUGUCAUCCAGGAUUUCGGUAAGGAGGGAGAGAACGAGACCAAGUGCAGGGUUGAUGUUGAAGAGUUCACACACAAGUUCACCGGAGACCUCAAGGGUAAGAAGGUUGUUGAGGACGAAACUGCAGUGUUUGAGCUUGGAGUAGAGGAGGAUGACGCCGAGGUUAAAUGGUACAAGGACGGAGUUGAGAUUGUUCCAGAUGGAAAAAGGAUACAGAUAGUGUGCGAAGGAAAGAAGAGAAAGCUGAUUAUAAAGAACUGUAAACUUGAUGAUGGAGGAAUGAUAUCUGCCAAAACGAACUCCGAUGAGGUUUCUGCACCCCUGGAAGUUAAUUACCAUAACGGAUUCAAGAAGGGAAUGAGGGACUUCAAGCAGUGUGUGGAGAGGGAGCAGAUCAUCUUCAACGUGGAGCUCAAGGAUCCGAAUGCACCGGUGGAGUUCGCCAUCAACGGAGUGCCCGUGGACACCUCCGACGGCAGGGUUGAAGUGAAGAAUCUCGGAGAAGGCAAGCAUCAGCUGAUUAUCAAUAAGGCUGAGAUGGGAGACGCUGGAACAGUUUCUUGCAAGACUCCGACCAAUGUCGGAGAUGAGAUGGUUGAGUCUAAAUCUAACUUUACCGUGGUGAAGGGUGAAGAAGCUCCGGAGAUGGGAGAUUGCGGACCAGUGACUGGAGUAGCAAUGAAGCAGUGCAACAUGACUAUACCCUACAAGGUAGAGGGAGAGAAACAGUCCGAUUUGGAGAUUAUUAUUGAGAAGGACGGUAAGGUUCUGAAACUGGGUAAAGAUAUUAAUCUAACCGUUCACGGAGAUAGAAUCCAACUGGAUAUAAUCAACCCUAAGCGAGAGAAGUCUGGAAAGUAUAAGGUUACGAUGAAGAAUGCUCAGGGUAUCUGUGAGAAGUGGAUUGAUGUCAAUAUCAUGGAUAAACCUACACCUCCUGCAUCCUGCAGAGUAUCUGAUGUAUAUCAGGAUAACUGUAUUGUCCACUGGACUCCACCCCAGGACGAUGGUGGAACUCCAAUCAAGAAGUAUGUUGUUGAGUGCCUGGAUACAACCACCGGAAACGGAACCUGGACUCCGGUUGCUAUGACUGAGGACGGAAGUGCCAAGAAGAUCAAGGUUCAUAAUCUGACUCCGAUGCACAGAUACAGGUUCCGAACCAGAGCCGUGAACAAGAUCGGAGAAUCUGAUCCUUGUGAGAUGAGAGGAGAUGAUAUCCUGGCUAAAGAUCCCUGGGAUGAGCCAGAUCCUUGCGGUAAACCUGAUAUUGUUGACUGGAGUCCAAACCAUGCUGAUCUUGUCUGGGAUCCUCCAGCAUCCGACGGCGGAGCUCCCAUCACACACUACAUCAUAGAGAUGAAGGAGAAGAAUAUGGGACAGUGGGUGGAGGCGAAGGUGUUGACCCUGAAGGAGGUUGAGGCCCUCGGUAACAAGAUCAAGGGUAAAUGUGACGGUCUAGUGGAGGGUCAAGAGUACCAGUUUAGGAUCAAGGCGGUGAAUAAGGGAGGACCCAGUAAACCUGGUCCUCCAUCUGAUUCUAUGAUUGCCAAGCACAGGUUCAUUCCUCCACAUCUUCUAGGAGAUGGAAUAUAUGAUAUCACAUUGAAGAAAGGUCGCCCAAUCCGAUACGAUCUCUGGUUCGGAGGAGAGCCUGCUCCAUCAGUAGAAUGGAUAAGAAAUGGAAGAACGUUGAACAGCGAUGAACACACGUCUAUCGAACUCUACUCCAAAAACACAAUUUACACAGAAAAAAAUACAGUUCUUAGCAUUCCAAAAGCGGAUAGAGCGAGGGAUACAGGAGAAUAUACAAUCCGUCUUGUCUGCGAGGCAGGAACAUUCGAAGCAACAGGAAAGGUCAACGUCCUAGACGUUCCAACCAAACCUAGACAGCUCAUGCCUGAUGAGAUCCGUGCUGAACAUGUUAAACUGAGCUGGCUUCCUCCAGAGGACGACGGAGGAACUCCGAUCCAGAGUUACCUGGUCAGAUACAUGGAUAUAGACAGUGGAGAGUGGGUUACAGCUUGUACCACAACCACGCCAUCUGCUACAGCUCAGGGGCUCAAGCCAGGUCAUCUUUAUCAGUUCGAGGUCUCCGCUAUCAACAAGGAAGGACAAUCAGAACCUAUCUAUACAGGAGAUCCAAUUCUGGCAGAAAACCCAUACAGACCGCCUAGUGCACCUGGAGAACCUAAGAUUGUUGAUUUUGACAACAAAUCUGUCACCCUGAGAUGGGAUAAACCCAAACAUGAUGGUGGCCGUCCCAUUUCUCACUAUAUCAUUCAGAAGAAAGACAAAUUCGGCGGCUGGUUCGAUGCCCUUAUCACAGACGAUCAGAACUGUGUAGCAACUAUAGAUGAGCUGGAGGCCAGGGUUCCAGGUCUCAGUGAGGGUAAAUGGUAUCAGUUCAGGGUCAUUGCUGUCAACAAGGCCGGAGAAUCCGAUCCUAGUCCUGAAACUAAACCUCAUCUUUGCCGACACAAAAAUCUAUCUCCAUCGAUUGACAAGGGCCAGGCUGGAUCUAAGACGGUAAGAAUAAACAGAACUGCGUUCUGGCAGAUCAGAUGUAAGGGAGAACCACCUCCAGUCUUUACCUGGUCUCACCCUGUACACGGAGAGUUGAAAUCUUGUGAGAACUACACCGUUCACACAGAUGAAUACCAGGGUGGAGCAACAACAACACUCGUCAUCCAUCAUUCUACUCUACAGGAUGGAGGAACAUACACCCUUCAAGCAGAAAAUAGGAACGGGAAAGAGAAGAUAGAUUUAGAUUUGAUAGUACUGGACAACCUACCGGAAUGUGAUUGCGACAUGUACAGGAGAGGAGACAAGCAGUGCUCUUGCCAGCAUUCAUACACAGGGAAAGAUCCUUGGAUGGCUGUACUCACUGCAUCCAUGGAAUAUUUCAACGGAGCUGCUCUCUAACUUGUAGUUUUAGUCCUGACGGAACUUUAAAGAAACUGCUGGAUCUACAGUUUUCUGAGAACCUACUCUGAUCCAUAAAUCCAGUUCUUGGUCUGAAAACAUUCGAUCAAUCCAUCAAUCCAUGUACAGCCGAUCCCGUUAUCUUCAUAAACCAAUUCAAGAUUCUCCUCCAUCUAACCUGAACCAAUCCCUUCUUCAAACCAUCUUCAAGGUUCUAGUUUCCAUAUUCCAGUUUAUGUACAUUUUUCACACUAUGUACACCAUGUACAGUUCCUCAACCAAGAUGUUUAAAUGCGGAUAUUUUUUGGAGUAAAAUGUGAUCUUGAUGCAUGUGUUUCAGAGCCUGUGAAUUACUAAACGCUAUCGAUUAUAAAUGCAAGUUUACCCAUAUUGUAUUCGCUAAACUCCCUCUAUAUGGAACCCAUUAAAUCUAAUCUGGAAUUAAUUAUCCUAAGAUUUCACAUUUUUUUCUUUAAAUCCAUAGGAGUACUAACACAAGUAGUAUUUACCCUGAUCGGUUACAUUUUGCUUAGAUGUCGAUUUUAUAUAAAGUUGGCGGUUUCUAACCGGGGUUUUGUUUUAAGAAUGUCAUGAUAAUUAUGAUAGAUAUAUCCUGGUUCUAACAACUAUAGAAACCGUCAGCUUUAUACGACUAAAGACGACUUUUAAAGCCGUUCCAACCCAGCUCGGAGCAUGCUGAGCUGGUUGGUAACAAUUAAACCAUGAAACCAAUGUAACACUAUUUUUGUAACUAGUUGUAAAGAAAAUAUAUUGACUGUUACACUGCC